AUGGGUACCAUACCUCAACCAGCGCCCGAACUUUACUUUUCACAGUUCGAGGUCGGCUCACAGGUUUUCUACCGCACGCCCCUCUGCUUCGCGCUCGUCAACAUCAAGCCCAUCCUGCCCGGUCACGUGCUCGUGGUGCCGAUGCGCAGCGUGGCGCGGCUGACGGAUCUCAGGCAGGACGAGGUGACGGAUCUGUUCACGACGGUGCAGAAGGUGCAGCGGAUGCUGGCGCGGCGGUAUUUCAAGGGGGCGGACGGCGGGCCAGGCAGCGUCGAGGACGGCAGCUUCAAUAUCGCCAUCCAGGACGGGAGGGAGUCCGGGCAGACGGUGCCGCACGUGCAUUGUCAUAUCAUCCCGCGGACGAAGGAGUCGGCGGCUGAGGGCGACGGCUUGUAUGAUCGCUUGCAGAGCGAAGAGGGGAAUGUCGGCGGUGGGCUUUGGGAUACACAGCAUAAGAUUGGGGAGGCUCGUCCUGAGCCGAUUGGGAAGUUCCCGAGGAUUGAGGAUUCGCAGAGGAAGCCUAGGUCGGCGGAGGAUAUGGCGGAGGAAGCACAGCUCUAUAGUAAACAGAUGGAGGAGUUGUUGGACUGA